GGGGUUCGACCUGCCUACCAUCUGCGGGGGAAAUAAAAAUAAAAACCCACCCAGCAACAGGGGGGUAACAGGGGGAUUGAAACUGGAAAUCGAAGUGGCCGCGGUGACUUGGGGGGAUGUCACGAGACUUCAAGAAUUUCUCGUCCUUUAAAAGCUUUUUUCGAUUUCUCUCCUUCUUUCACCAACUUCAACAAUGGCAGUAACUUUAUGCCAGCACGUGACCCCUUUUCGCCACCCCUGUGAUCUCCAGUUUUAACACCCCUGUUGGGAGGGUGGGUGUCCAGCUCCCGCUCCUCUCUCCUCGUCCGUCCCCUGUGGCUUGGCCCGACGUUAGUAGCGGGAGUCUGCCAGGCCGACGCCAAUACCAUCAAUCAGGCCACCCGCUGCCGCACCUCGAAAGUACUGUGUAUGCGGGUGGUUUGAUUGCCAAUGGCCGCAAAGCCUCGGGUUCGUCGACCAAGGCCCUCGUGGUGCGGGCGGCCCCUGACAGCCUGCAUGGCCAAGACCACCCCGACAGCAGAGCCUCGAUGCGGUUUUUUUUUGGUUCCUUCGUCCUAUCCCGGUCGUGCCAGGCUCUGUGCUUACUUCCGGAUCAAGCAAAUAUGCCUGCAGAGCUGCGGGAUUGUCUUGACCCUUGCACUGAUCGACACAUCCAAUACCAGUUCCAGACAAACCCAUCUCCGUUGAUCGAUUGACUUGAUUCGGCCGAUAGCCACGGAUGCCAGGGCGUGAUUGACUACAUCCAGAAUCACGAUAUCAACUCCCAGAGCCCCAGCCAGCUCCCUUACUAGAAGCCCGUCUUCCCCUAGAGUCCUCGGCCUUGGCCCGCUGAUGUCAUGCUUACAUGCACCGGCACGGCCGCCGCGGCCGCCGCAAGGACUGGCAAGAGACCCGUCCUCUGCCCGGCGCUUCGGAGGCGACCAGGGUGUCGAGUUCCAUCGUCUCCCGUGAGACCAAAUCGGGCCCGGACACCGCUUCUCUUUUGAUUGCUACCGUGGAGCCCUCCACCAUCGCUUCCCGUCCCACUGGCAGGGCUUCCGAAACACGCGACGAUCCGUCCGCCGCCCUCUGCGCCGCCCCCGCCGCCUCCCUCAAACUACCAGCCGCCACAACUCGACCUCCAAGUGGUGCGGCCAGGCCGUUGCAAAAUGGUCGGCGACAGGGCGAUAACUCCCUCAUCCGUUCUAGCUACCCCUAAGCUUCAUGCCCAAUAGGCGGCACAUGCCUUUCUGCGGACAUGACGACUCUCGCUUCUUUUGCUUAGUUCUGCUUAGUUCCCUCACAGAAACUCUAAAACCAGGCGAACAUGGUAUCUGACUCGGUCUCGUAGCUUAAUUCUUGUUGCUUCGCUUUGCUUCUUUUUUGAUUCUUCUCCCGCCUCUCUCCCAUCGUCGCCGCCGCUCGCUUCUCCUAAAAAAGGAUGGCCCACCCAAGGGGAAGGGGCUGGGUCGCAACGUGCGCGAGACCCCAUCCUCAACCUCACCAG